AUGGCAAUCAUUAAACUAGAGCAGGAUUUCUGCCGGCCUUCCUUCCAAGUCUCCAGAGAUCCUGUCACAGAUCCAUCUGCGAUCCAUAGCCUUCCGGACCUCGUCGACUUUAAUGCGGAGCACAACUCGGAUCACGAGUUUGCUUUACAAGAAGUCCGUCAUGGUGGCAAGCACGUCAGUCUCACUCCUAUUACUUUCAGGGAGCUUCAGCUUGCAGCCAUAACCUGCGCACGUCUUAUCCGGAAACAACUGCCAGAGGAACCAGCCGAACCCGAGGGCGGGCAUCAAGGAGCGACGCGGCUACCGGUUGCGGUUUUUCUUGAAAGCGAUAUCAAUCUAUUCAUACACCUCGUUGCUCUAUUGUACCUGAAUAUCCCUGUACUCGUGCUCUCCGUCCGCCUCAGCCCCGGUGCCAUAUCACACCUCCUAGAAUCAACGUCGGCGUGUGCCAUCAUCGUAUCAAAAAGAAGUCAAGUGACGGUGCGGACGGCCUACGAAGGGCUGCCACAGGAGAAGCAAAAAGGCUUGCGUUUGGUGGAAUGCUUUCCACUCCAGCAGUUAUUGCAGCCCACGGGGCCCGUCGCUCCCGACGGCCUACAACGUCACAUUCCUUCGGAUAGGGAGACAGCAAUCAUCCUUCACUCAUCUGGUACGACAGGCCUUCCGAAGCCUAUCCCCCUAGCGCAUCGGUAUCUCCUGGGUUAUGCAGCAUGCCACCGCCUCGGGCCAGCUCAAUGUCUCGGCAGGCGGAAUGUGUCCACACUUCCUAUGUAUCAUGGUUUCGGUUUACUUGGGCCGUGUAUCAGCUUGGCCACGGGGAAAACAUGCUGCUUGCCGUCCGCGUCCGUCAUCCCCUCGGCCACGUCAGUGGCAGAACUGAUCCAGGCUUCCGCGAGCUGCUCGUUGAUGACAGUCCCGAGCAUUCUUGAAGACGCCAAGACCAACUCGAUCCUGAUGCAGGCAUUGGAGGGACUUGACUUCGUGGCGGUAGGAGGUGGCCCUAUCAAGCCCGCCAUCGGCGAGCUCUUGGUUUCCAACGGCAUAACGUUGCUCAACCACUACGGGGCCACAGAGAUCGGAGCCAUUGCUCCCAUCUUCGUUCCGGGAGACGACUAUGACUGGCAUUAUCUGCGCAUUCGGACUGAUAUGGGUCUGGAGCUCAACGAGGUGGACCAGAGAGACGAGAACGGCGUCCCGUUCUACCAGUUAGUGGGGUAUCCUUUCGGUUGGGAUCACCCCUUUGCGAUUCAAGAUCUUCUACGUCGCCGACCAGACUCUGUGCACAUUGAAGUGGCCAUUCUGGGUCGCAACGACGACCUCCUGGUCCUGUCGACGGGAGAAAAGGUUCUCCCCAGCAAGCUCGAGGCCACCCUCAGCAGGCAAGAAGGGGUGAAGACGGCCGUCCUAUUCGGUCAGAACCGUGAAGAAGUGGGGGUUUUAGUAGAACCAGAUGUACCUCUUCAGGAAGAAGACGAAGAUCCUUUCGUGGAGCGGAUCUGGAAGGUUGUGCAGCAGGAGAACCUGUCGCUGGACCGCCACGCGCGUGUCGCUUCCAAGGGCAUGAUCAUCCUUAAGCUACCAGAGAAAACAUUUCCAAGAUCAGACAAGGGGUCUGUCAUGCGUGGCGAGACCUAUAAGCUGUUCGCUAAGGAGAUCGAAGAGGCCUACACCUUUUCUGGCGCCAGCAACUCGCCUUCCUUCCCGUUGACACGCCACCCCGAACAGAUCAUCAGCAGUCUGCGCUCCAUGGUCGAGACUUGCGUGCAGGAUCGGGAAUUGCCUGUCGCUAAGUGGACGGACUCGGAUGACUGGUUUGAACAGGGCAUGGAUUCCCUGGAGGCAACCCGUCUAACGCGCAUGCUCAGCCGUGUGUCAAACAAGGACGACUUUCCAGUCUUGUCAUGCAGCACCGCUCAUCCGUCUCUCAUCUACCAGAAUCCCAGCUUCAAGGCGUUGUCUGAAUACUUGUUGGCAGACACCAAUUUGGAGGAACCCAGCGGCAGUUCAUCGCGAUCGGAUUUGCAACAGAUGCUUGAUCUGGCAUCCAAGUAUACUCCUGUCUCCUCUCAGGGUUGGGUCGUGCUACUGACCGGCGCAACGGGUCAUCUUGGAGUUCACUUGUUGGAGCAACUAUGCCGUAACCCCAAUGUAUCGCAGGUCAUCUGCCUCAGUCGGCUUCAUCCCGGACAAGAUCCCAAGCAUCGGCAGCAGCAUGCCAACCGUGUGCGAGGGAUUACUCUCUCCGAGUCUACGUGGACUAAAAUCAGCUUCCUGUCGUCCGACCGACUCCACCAGCCAGAGUUGGGCCUGCAGCACCAGGAAUACCGUCAGCUAGUACGAAGUGUAACCCACAUCAUCCACACUGCGUGGCCCAUGGACUUCCAACGUACUCUGGCUUCCUUUGAGCCCCAGAUCCAGACCCUGCGGAGGCUUGUCGACCUUUGUGGAGACUGCGCCCGGAAGCAAAGGCGUCCAUGGCAACCGCGACUGUUGUUCACGUCCUCCAUUGCAGUGGGCGCACGCAGUGGGAAGCCCCAUGGGCUAACGGAAGUCCCCAUUGUAGACCCAACAACGACAGCUGAUCUGGGCUACGCCCGGGCCAAGUGGGUGUGUGAAAGGAUACUCACUGAGGUGGCCAAGAUACAGGGCGACCUCCUCCAUCCCAUAAUCGUCCGUCUGGGUCAGUUGACAGGCGGCACACGCUCUGGGAUCUGGAACUCCAAUGAGCACUUUCCUACAAUCCUCAAGGCAUCGCAGCUGAUCGAUGCCUUGCCUGAACUGGACGGUGUGAGUACAAUCUGCAUCAUGUAA